UCACAGUUCUGUUACUAGUUGUUGUCAAUACUGAAAUGGUUUAGUAUAAACAACCAAUGGUUAAUAGUGUCUGUGCAUCGAAGUUAGAACACUAAAGUAAUUUUGUAUACGGUUUCCUACAACAAGUUCAGUAUAUUAACUAAUUAUUUUAUUUGUGUGUCCCCGCCAUUAGACAUAAAAAAAAAAGAUAAAUGGCAUCUGGGUCCUGUAAAGUUCUCGCUUGGAAUCGUAGAUUGUAGCUAAUGUUGAUUUGUUCUUGAAAGACAAUGGGGCCUAAAACUACUGACAUAUUGAGUGGAUUUCAAGUUAACUGGAUGAACUUGAGAGAUGCUGACACUGGUAAAAUUUUAUGGCAAGGAAAUGAAGAUUUAUCUUCACCCGAUGUCGAGCAUAUGGCCAGAGUCCCAAAGAAAAUUCUGAAGUGUCGAGCAGUAUCAAGAGAAAUCAACUUUUCUUCGGUUGAAGCAUUAGAAAAAUUUCGACUAGAGCAGAAGAUAUUAUUCAAGGGGAGAGUGAUGGAAGAGUGGUAUUUUGAGUUUGGGUUUGUGAUACCAAACUCAACCAACACAUGGCAAUCCCUGAUAGAGGCCGCACCUGAGUCACAGAUGAUGCCGGCAAAUGUACUCAAUGGCAAUGUGAUCAUAGAAACCAAAUUCUUCGAUGACCAGACCCUCAUUUCAACCUCCAGAGUCAGAUUGUUUUAUGUUUAGUGUACUUUGUUUGUAAGUUAUCGUCUUAGUGUAUGCAAAUUGAUCACCACAAGUGGCCUCGGAAGAUGUUGGCUUUCGUUUCUAAUGAUUUGAAGGAUUUCAAAACUAAAUAAGACGAAGCUACUUUUUUCAAAACUACAUGACACAACUAUUGAUCAUUUACAAUUUAAAGGCUGGUUUCAUGCUUGGGCAUAAUUACUACCGCUUGCAUCAGUCACUGAAUUUGGGUUUAGGAAAACCAAGACAUCAAGUGAUCUCUUACAUCUUCAUUGAGGAUAGGUUUGAGAAGAAAUUAAAAACUAGAUGCAGAAUUAUCUGCUACAAAAACCAGGUAGUUGCCAAACAUAAGGCUCAGCAGCUUAGUACAACUGGCUUGUGAUAGUUUUUAACAUAAUACUGGAAACAGGUGAUCUGCUCGGUAUUUUCAAAUAUCAAAACUAAUUGCUGUUAUGAAACCAGAAAAAGAUCUCAUCUGAACCAUGGCCAUAUUUCGAUAACUAUUCCACGGUCCGCUUCUGUCUAGUGGGGAGGUUAUAAGCAAUUAAAUUCUCCCUAUCCUUAAUGCCAGCAACCCAGUCAAGCAAGCUAGACAUUGAUUUUGACGCAAACUGCUUCCCUGUUUAAGUAACAGUAGAUUCAACACGUUCUUAUAGGUUUGCUGCUACAGAAAAGGAAAUAAGGGUUUUUUAGUAAAAUGCUACAGCUUAAUUCUCCAUAAGAAUAACACAGGACUUAAAUGUAGAUACUUUUGAAACUUUCUCUGUAACCAUUACAACAACACUUCAAAAUGCCUAAUUUUUUGUGUUGAGAAAAUUUUUAAAAGAUCAUGAAAAAAUGGGUGAAGGAAAAGCAUUUAAUUCAGAAGAGGUAUUUUUAGACUGUUCACGUUAUACUGUGACGUCCAUGAUGUGUUUGAGUAAGAAAGUCCUGUGUUUUCAAUUAUUAAAUAUGAAUUUUAACUUAAAUGUAGUCUAGGCCUAAGAAAUGUUUUAUUUUAUCUGUUGUAAUAAUUGUGUUAAUGUGAAUUUUAUUUAAAUGCCACAUUGUUUAUGUACUUCCCUGUUGUAAUCUUAACUUGUAUGUUUUGAUAUUAAUGAUUUUUUAUCUAUAUAAAUAACUAUGAUCAAUGAGUUACUAAUUAUUGUUUUUUGUUAAGAUAAGUGACAAUUUUAUAUGCAAUGUAAUUAUCAUUUGACAAUAAUACAAAUCUGGAUCCUCAGCAUGAAUUCCUCAGCAUACUGGUCAUCAAAAUGAAAAAGUAAAACGGUCCCAGGCCUAGGUCUUACCGUGCCACCUACGGUAAUAGCUACCUCCCUAUAGGGAAGUUCGCUAACAAUGAAAUAAUUUGGCUGAAUUUAAGAAAGUAUGAAGUCUAUUAUUUGUAAUGCACAAUCAUAUAGUUAAGUAGCUUAAUAGGUCAUUUUACUUACUGAAUAAUUCUUUAUAAUAUGCAUUUUAAUUAUACUGAUUUCAUUGUACUGUUGCUUAAAAAAAACUCUGUAUUUUUGGUUUUCCAAAAUUGUAACUGUAUAAGAAAAUAUAUUUUUCCUACAGUUACCUAACAAUGUACAUGUUCUCUUACUGAUUUGAGAAAGCAAAGUGGCCAAUUCGCUCAUCAAUGUUAACAUUGUCUCACUCUAAUUACUUUGUCUCACUCCAGAUUUGCAACAUGAAGGCACGAAAUAGUGAGCGCGUAACAUGCAGACAAGGUCGUAUGCACGCAAAAUACGUUGGCAGCACUGGCUGUAAAUCGGCUGGUCAGCUGUUGUACUGUUGUAUUUGUCACUUUACAUUAAAUGUCAUAUUAAAAGUUCACUUCUGUGUAAAAAUAUGUCACGUUUCUUUACCAAUUUAUUUGUUUUAUGGUAACUGUAGAAAAAAUAUAUAUGUGCAACUCGAGUGCAAAGUGCAAUUGCCUCACUCUAGAAACCAUUCCUCACUCGCCUACAGCUCGUGAGUAAGUAUUUCUCUCAAGUGAGUCAAUUGCUCCCUUUGCUCACUAGUUGCACAAAUAACUAGUUACUCUCUUUGAAUGUCAGCUGUUGAAAUGAACUCAGCAAUUUAAAAUCUGGGCAGUACAGUCAAUUUUUGGUUCUGUCUUUCACAGCUUGUUACGUUCAAAUAUCUGUUACGUUCUGAACAGCUCUUGCUUGUCAAAAAAUAAAGGCAAUGCUUUAAUAUGCAAUGUGUCAUUUACACAAACCUUUACACCCAUUUAUAAAUAUGCCGCUGUUGUAAACUAUGUUAAUAUUUGUACUUAUGUGUUAGUUAUUAAUUUUAAAAAUAUAUCUUUAUGUUGUAAAUCACAAUAUCUAGGGGACAGUUAUUUAUUACUUUCACUUUGUAUAUUUAUUUAAAUAACUUCUUGAUCAGCAUUGUACGUGUUGUUAAAUUUGCGAAUGUAGAUUCGCCUAUUGGGUCUGAUGAUGAUUGGAGUGUCCAAUCGAAAUCGAUCACCACUUACCAUCUUUUUUAUAUUUACCGUCUUGUGAGUAACAGUAUAAGCGUAAAUAUAUGUUUUAAGUGUUAUAAGACGUAUCUUUAUUUACUUUCCGUAUAUUUAUUUCUCUAAGAUUUAUGUCAUGACUUUGAUUAUUAUAGAUCAUAUACAUAUUUAUUGAUGCAUUAUCUUGUGAAAUUGUUCUUUGCAAUAAAGGUAUUGUUAUUAUAAUUAUCUUUAUUCACAAAUAAAUUUGA